CCGGGCGCGGAGGGCGGCCAGUGACGCCGCAGCGCCGCCAACAUGAAGUCCCUGUCCGUGCUGUGCGCGGCCGUCGCCGUCCUGGCCUGCGCCUUCGCCGAGGCGCAGCAGGCGGUCGAGACGCCCGUGUUCUUCAGGGACGUCCCCGGCCCCCCCAAGGCCUUGGAGGAGGUCGAGGAGGCGGAGCAGGCCGCCGCCGAGGACGGACGCCUCCGCAUCUUCGGCGGCGACGUGGCCAAGCGCGGCCAGUUCCCCUACCAGGCCGCCAUCUUCAUCGACCUCAGCGUCUUCUGCGGCGGCUCCCUCAUCAACGAGAAGUGGGUCCUCACCGCGGCCCACUGCGUCGCCGAUGGCACUAUUUGGUACGUGCUGCUGGGCGGCACGGAGAGCCUCACGCCGGUGCAGGAGGGCCGCGUGACCCACGUGACCCGCGGCGGCUACCACCACCCCGAGUACAACGCCCGCAAAAUCAUCAACGACGUGGGCGUCAUCCAGCUCAUGCGCCCCGCCGGCCUCAGCACCUACAUCCAGACCGUCGCCCUGACGCCCAAGGGAGCCUCCUACCUCGGCAGGACCGGCACCGUGUCCGGGUACGGCCGCACGGAUGACGUGAACGCCUCCCCCGUGAGCCCCCGACUCAGGUUCACCAGCCUGCCGGUGGUGGACAACCAGGUGUGUGCCGACGCGUACGGCGACUCCCCGCUGCACCCGUCCGUCAUCUGCCUGCGCGCCGAGGGCAGCAGCUCCUGCAAGGGCGACAGCGGCGGCCCGUUCACCGUGGACGACAACGGCAAGACGAUCCUGGUGGGCGCCGUGAGCUUCGGCGCGACGGCGGGCUGCAGCCUGGGCAGGCCCGUGGGCUACACCAACCUCGCCAUCUUCAUCGACUGGAUCUCCGAGACCACGGGAAUCGACUUCAAAAAUCCUCAGUAGCAACGUGGCGCAGUGCUGCCAAAUGCUGCUCACUUUUUCUAGAAAACUAAUUUAAUAAUAAAUUUUGAGAAAGACUGGG